AUGGCGGAAGUCGCAAAUGGCUCUGUAAAUGAGCCGAAUCAAUCAUCCCCGGCUCAGUCGCAGGCAGAAAACGAUGAGACCGGCGUGGAUGCACCAGCACAACUUGAAACCUCACAGCCAACGGAAGAAGAGAGACCCGAAAACCCCGAAGAAUCAGAACGACAAACAAUUGAGGUUGCUGCCUCCGAAGAGCCAGAUUCAUCGCAAACACAACCCGAGUCCGUCGAGCCAGAGCAAGCUUCAAGUCCUACGAACGCCGUUGAGACACCCGUACCCGAGAAUAAUCCAGAGCCUGAGUCCGAAUCAAAAGAUGCCGGCGACAACAGUCCAGCACCCGAGUCGUCAGUCAGUGUCGAGAAGGAAUCGCCCAGCGAGAAACAAGACCCCGUAACCAUGCCUCCGCAAGAUGAGCCUGCUCCGGAAAGUCGAUUGCGCUCAGAUUCCAGGUCAACAACAGCGACAUUUCCGACGCAGCGAUCCGGGACUGUCAGUUCAACUGUGUUCAUCAUAACGGCCUUGGACACGAUCAGUAAUUCGAAGGAGGCUCGAAAAAGCAAGCAGCUGGAGGAUACUGUGAAGGAUGCGCUUACCAACGUCAAACAAUCGGAUCGCCAACCAAUUGACCCAGAGGUUAUCUUUCGCCCACUACAUCUUGCCACCAAGUCGCUCAGCAUACCUCUACAAGUCACGGCACUGGAUUGCAUAGGAAAACUGAUCACCUAUUCCUACUUCGCCUUUCCCUCGGCUAAGGACAGCGAGACUCCGCAAGGUGAAGCUGGCUCGGAGCAGCCGCCGCUUAUCGAGCGCGCCAUCGAUGCUAUUUGUGAAUGCUUUGAAAAUGAAGCGACACCGGUCGAGAUUCAGCAGCAAAUCAUUAAGUCUCUUUUGGCGGCAGUCCUCAACGACAAGAUCGUGGUACAUGGAGCAGGUCUCCUAAAGGCUGUGCGUCAGAUUUAUAAUAUUUUCAUAUACUCCAAGUCAACCCCGAACCAGCAAAUCGCCCAGGGAUCCCUCACACAAAUGGUUAGCACGGUUUUCGACAGGGUGCGUGUGAGGCUUGACCUGAAGGAACUAAGAAUGCGAGAUGGCGACAAAUCGCAAGGCGGCGCUUCGGACUCUAUUACCAUAGAUGUGUCCGAAACAUCUCCGGCUAAUGAGCCGGAUCAGGCCUCGGAGACUGCUUCUGCUGUUACAAUUGACCAGCCGGUUACUAAAGAACCGGCAGAGAAGCUCACUUUACAGAGUUUCGAAUCGAGCAAGGAUGUUGCGUCUGUUAAUGAAAAUGCUCCGACCAUGGUCACUCGUGCCAGGAUAAACCGUCAGAGGGCGUCGCGGUCUAUUUCGGGUAUCCCCGAGGAUGAGCGAGACUAUGCAGAUGGUACCACAGAAGAUGAAGAAGACGAGAUUUACGUCAAGGAUGCUUUCCUGGUUCUCAGGGCACUUUGCAAAUUGAGCCACAAGGUCCUUACCCAUGAUCAGCAGCAAGAUCUGAAAUCCCAAAAUAUGAGAACAAAGCUGUUGUCCUUGCACCUCAUCCACUACCUGAUCCAUAAUCAAGUCCCAGUGUUCACCUCUCCCCUUGUUACAAUCAAAAGUGGCACCAGCAAUGGGGAGGCCAUGACUCUUUUACAGGCGGUGCGGCCGCAUCUCUGCUUGAGUCUGAGUCGGAAUGGCUCAAGCUCUGUACUCAGAGUGUUCCAGGUCUGCUCUGAAAUCUUUUGGCUCAUGCUCAAACAUAUGAGAGUUAUGAUGAAGAAAGAGCUUGAGGUGUUCUUGAAGGAAAUCUACCUGGCUAUACUCGAGAAGCGGAACUCGCCUGCCUUCCAAAAGCAGUAUUUCAUGGAGAUUCUCGAAAGACUGGCAGGCGAGCCUCGAGCGUUGGUGGAAAUAUAUCUCAAUUACGACUGCGAUCGGACAGCUUUGGAGAAUAUAUUCCAGAAUGUUAUUGAACAACUCCAACGAUACGCAAGUGUCCCAGUGACUGUAACAGCCGCCCAACAACAACAGUAUCAGGAGAAUAAUGCCAAGCUCUCCAGUUUUGGGGCCGAUUGGCACCAACGAGGCGCGCUCUCCCCAUCGCUUACAACGGUUGCCGUUGCCACUACCCCACAGCCUAAUCUCCAAAAUGUCCCUCCAGAAUACGUAUUGAAAAAUCAAGCCAUCGAAAGUCUGGUGGAAAUCUUGCAAUCACUGGACAAUUGGGCGGCACAGCGUAUCGUUGAGCAAACCGGUGCUUCAAACGUAGUGUCUCAUAAGUCGAUGGACAACCCCAGGGAGUCCAUUGACACAAAUGCGGGGACCUAUCUUUCCUCGCCCAGGAUUGAUGUAACGGAUGGUGACACUGGUCGAUCCACGCCGGUUGCAGAGGAUGACCCGAGCGAGAUUGAAAGGGUCAAGCAAAGAAAGAUUGCGCUCACGAAUGCGGUCCAACAGUUUAACUUCAAGCCCAAACGUGGAAUGAAGCUACUGCUGAAAGACGGUUUUAUACGUUCUGAAACCCCCGAAGAUAUAGCCAGUUUUUUCUUCGGAAAUGAACGCUUGGACAAAUCUAUACUAGGUGAAUAUCUCGGUGAAGGUGACGCUGAGAAUAUCGCCAUUAUGCAUGCGUUUGUCGAUAUGAUGGAAUUCGAGAAGCGACGUUUUGUGGACGCCCUGCGCCAAUUUUUGCAGCACUUCCGGUUGCCAGGUGAAGCACAGAAGAUCGACCGUUUCAUGCUCAAGUUUGCAGAACGCUACGUUACCCAGAAUCCGAACGCGUUUGCGAAUGCCGAUACGGCAUAUGUGCUUGCGUACUCUGUCAUCAUGUUGAACACAGACCAGCACAGUUCCAAGAUGAAGGGGCCGCGUAUGACGAAGGAAGACUUUAUUAGGAACAACAGGGGCAUCAACGAUAGCCAAGACUUGCCUCCCGAAUAUCUUGGCACCAUUUAUGAUGAGAUCUCCAGUAACGAAAUUGUGCUUGUCACCGAAAGAGAGCACGCUGCCAAUCUCGGUAUUGAGACUUCUGCUCCUACUGGUUUGGCGUCCAGAGCCGGACAAGUCCUCGCAACUGUUGGAAGGGACAUCCAAGGUGAAAAAUAUGCCCAAGCUUCCGAGGAGAUGGCCAGUAAGACUGAGCAGCUCUAUCGAAGCUUGAUCCGUGCUCAGCGGAAAACAGCUGUUAGAGAAGCGCUCUCGCGAUUUAUUCCGGCCACAUCUGUCCGCCAUGUCGGUUCCAUGUUCAAUGUUACCUGGAUGUCUUUCCUUUCUGGCCUGACUGCUCCCAUGCGGGAUACGGAGAAUCUUGAGGUCCUCAAGCUCUGCAUGGAGGGCAUGAAGUUGGCGAUACGCAUUAGCUGUGCAUUCGAUUUGGAGACCCCAAGAGUAGCCUUUGUCACCGGUCUCGCGAAGUUCACGAACCUGGGGAACAUCAGGGAAAUGACGGCUAAAAACGUUGAAGCUCUGAAGGUCCUGCUGGAAGUGGCUCUUACCGAGGGCAACUCCCUAAAGGGCUCUUGGAGAGAAAUUCUUACCUGCGUUAGCCAACUUGAUCGCCUCCAGCUUUUGACCGAUGGUGUCGAUGAAGGCUCACUGCCCGAUGUUUCGAGAGCUCGGAUCAUGCCUCAAGCACCCCCUGAUCCUUCACGCAGUUCAUUCCAAGGCAAACGUCCUCGCCCUCGAUCCAUCAACGGUCCUCCUGCUGGGUUCCGCGCAGAGGUUGCAAUGGAAAGUCGGUCAGCUGAGAUGAUCCGGGGCGUAGACCGUAUCUUCACCAACACGGCAAACCUUUCCCACGAGGCUAUCAUUGAUUUCAUCCGCGCUUUAAGCGAAGUGAGUUGGCAGGAAAUCCAAUCUUCCGGAAACAGCGAAUCUCCCAGAACAUACAGUCUGCAGAAGCUGGUCGAAAUCAGUUACUACAAUAUGACGCGAGUCAGGAUAGAAUGGUCGAAGAUUUGGGAAGUACUUGGACAGCAUUUCAACCAUGUCGGGUGCCACUCAAACACGACUGUUGUUUUCUUCGCGCUUGACUCGCUCCGGCAACUCUCGAUGCGGUUUAUGGAAAUCGAGGAACUUCCGGGAUUCAAAUUCCAGAAGGACUUCCUUAAGCCGUUCGAGCACGUCAUGGCAAAUAGCAGUACUGCUACUGUCAAGGACAUGAUUCUCCGGUGUCUCAUACAGAUGGUCCAAGCUCGGGGCCACAAUAUCCGCUCUGGCUGGAAGACCAUGUUUGGUGUGUUCACAGUCGCCGCUCGAGAGCCUUAUGAGGGUAUUGUCAAUAUGGCUAUGGACCAUGUAGCUCAGAUCUACAACACACGAUUCGGUGUGGUCAUAACCCAAGGGGCGUUCCCUGACCUUGUUGUCUGCCUUACGGAGUUCUCGAAGAACAUAAGGUUUCAGAAAAAGUCGCUGCAAGCUAUCGAGACACUCAAGGCAACUGUGGGCAAGAUGAUGAGGACUCCUGAGUGUCCUCUUUCUCACCGUGGCAUGCCAUCGGAGAAUGUGCUCGAGGAUACCAACUCAAACCUAGCGAAACAACUCAAUCGCCAGUCUCCGGAGGAACAAUUCUGGUAUCCCCUCUUGAUUGCGUUCCAGGACGUGCUCAUGACUGGUGAUGACCUUGAGGUGCGAUCGCGGGCACUUACGUACCUCUUCGAUACACUCAUCCGAUAUGGUGGUGACUUCCCUCGAGAGUUCUGGGAUGUUCUCUGGAGACAACUCCUCUACCCUAUCUUUGUCGUUCUCCAAUCGAAGUCGGAAAUGUCCAAGGUUCCGAACCACGAGGACCUAUCAGUGUGGCUCUCGACUACCAUGAUCCAGGCGCUGAGAAACAUGAUCACCCUUUUCACGCAUUACUUCGAUAAACUGGAAUACAUGCUUGGGGGUGUGCUUGAACUUCUCACGCUGUGUAUCUGCCAAGAGAACGAUACUAUUGCACGAAUUGGUAGUAACUGCUUACAACAAUUGAUUUUGCAAAAUGUUGCCAAGUUUCAGCAAGACCAUUGGACCAAGGUGGUUGGCGCUUUUGUCGAUCUCUUCAGCAAGACCACCGCCUAUGAACUGUUUACGGCAGCUGUUUCCAUGCCUUCCAAAGCGCGGAAGCCGUCCAACGGGGAAACUGUACCGGAGUCUACCGACGCAACACCGAUUGAGGAGACUAACGCUGAAUUCCCCCAGACAAACGGAUUGCGGAAUGAGUCAUCUGAGCAUGAAGAAGGUGACGUGCCAGCACCAGCCAACCCUGAGUUAGAAGAUUAUCGUCCCCAAACGAUGGAGAUGCAGCAGCAGCCAACUGCGGUGACUGUGGCCCGGCGUCGCUUCUUCAACCGCAUAAUCACGAACUGCGUUCUGCAAUUACUUAUGAUUGAGACUGUUCAUGAGCUUUUCUCCAACGAUAAGGUUUACGAGAAGAUUCCAAGCCAUGAGCUCCUGCGAUUAAUGGGACUUCUGAAGAAGAGCUAUCAAUUCGCCAAGAAGUUCAAUGAGGAUAAGGAACUCCGAAUGCAGCUCUGGCGUCAAGGCUUCAUGAAGCAGCCGCCAAACCUGCUCAAGCAAGAAAGUGGAAGUGCAGCGACUUACGUCCAGAUACUCUACCGCAUGUACAAUGAUGAGAGGGAGGAACGUAAGAGCAGCCGUGAUGAGACUGAGGCCGCGCUUAUCCCACUUUGCGCAGACAUUAUCCGAAGCUUCGUCCGCCUUGACGACGAAUCGCAACACCGUAACAUCGUCGCCUGGCGCCCUGUUGUCGUUGACGUCCUCGAGAGCUACACAAACUUCCCUUCGGAAGGCUUCGAUAAGCACGUUGACACAUUCUACCCCUUGGCCCUCGAUCUGCUCGGCCGUGAUCUCAGUCCCGAGAUUCGCGUUGCCCUCCGGUCCUUACUUCGCCGGGUAGGAGAAGUGAAGCUGGGUUUAGCACCUUCAAAGCCCCCUUCGCAAGCAUCCAUCAGUCCAAGAAGUUCUAUUUCGCAGCAAUACAGCCGUAGAUAUAGUGGCGUGUCUUGA